AUGAGUCCGAGUCCUAGCAAACAGUCACCAAAUCGUAAGACAACAUCAAGCAUUAAAAAUAAAAAUGGAAAAAGGUCGUUUUUAAGAACAUCAGAGAAUGACAUAACUGAUGAUUUUCACUAUAAAAAGAAAAAAUCCAUUAAACAUUCUCAAGUAGAUAUAAAUAAUGCAGUCCUGACAGCACCAAAUGGUUAUAUUAUGACGAGAAAUAAACUAAAAAAACAACUAACAAGUAUAAACAACAAUGAAUUAGUAGAAACAAGUGUCAUAGAAGAUAAAUGUUCCAGAAAUGACAAUAUAAGAAUUAAAUCAGUAAAAGCUAAUAAGAAUAGAAAACGUUCAAACAAAAUCAAUACAAAAAUUACAAAUACGCUGCAACUUGGUUUCGUUUUUACAAAUGAUAUUUCUUCUCCAUAUUCUGGAAAACAACUAGAUACUGAUUAUAAAAAAGGCACACCUUCAUUAUUUGAAUCAGACUCUGAUCCAGAAAUUGAUUAUUUUCAAAUAAAGGAUAGUACAAAAAAUGAAGUGGACGAAAUAUCCACUUGUAUUUCUUAUCCAGACGAUAUAUUAUGUCCGGCAUUUGACAAAAAUCUUGAAAUGAGAACUUAUUUAAACAAAAAAUCAUAUCCUAUUAACAAUAAGUCUAAUAUACAAUCAUUAAAUACAUUUGAGGAAAUUAAACAAGAACCAUCGAGUUUAUAUAAUCAUAUUAAAACAGUCCAUGACUCUAAUCCGUGUAAUAGCAUAUCACAAAAUAACAGUAAAACCAGGAAAUCAUUGAAAGUCACAGAUUCUACAACAAGUGAAUGUGUGCAAACAAAUACUGAAGAUGAUAACAUUAUUAUUGUUACUGAAUCAUUUAUAAGACAACUAAAAACCGAAGUUGAAAUAAUAAAAACAGAAUCACAAGUUGACAAAGUGUCUACAUCAAAUAAUAAAUCAAUUAACCUUGAACCUUGUGAUCAAAGUUAUGUCCAUUUUAGUGAAAACAAAAUAUCUGAUAGUGCCUUUAUGUCAAAUAGUAUAACAAAAAAUAAACCAAUCAAUCCUGAACCUUAUGAAGAAAAUUGUGUCAACUUCAAUAAAAAUGAAAUAAUUGACAAUGGUCCUACGUCAAAUAGUAUAUCGGUUAAUCUGGAACCUUUUGAUCAAAGUUAUAUCAACUUUAAUUAUCAACUUAAAAAUGAAAUAAGCGACAUCAGAACUCUAGAACUAUUUUAUGAUAAUAAUACUAAUAAAUCCAAUAAUUCUGAUAUAGAGCAACAUAAAGACAAUGAAGUGGUAUCCAAAAUACUGUCUUCAGAUUUUGAGGUGAACCAAACUAAUAUGUGCACUGUUGAUACUAAUAUUGACAAUACAUGUGAUAUAAACUUCAAAUCAUCAAAUAGUUCUAAUUUAUUAUUAAAUGAAGACGUGGAUGUUAUUGAUGAAUCACACAAAAUUACACCAUUACUGUCACCAUCGUCAUUUAAAACCACAAAUACUGUUGAAAAUAGCUUAAUGAGUAUUUUUGAUGUACCCAAAGAGAACAUUGUUGAAAGUUAUACUAAUAUUAACGAUAGUUUAAUUAUCGAUUCGGAUUCUAACAUUUCAACUACAAUUUCAGAGGACAUGAUAGAUCUAAGUAGUUUACAGACUUUUGAGUUUGAUAAUAGUAACUCAGGUCAAUCUAUAGAAAAUCAUCCCAAGUCUGAAAAUAAUAGCACUUGUCAUCUUUCCCCAGAUCAGAUUGAACCUGAUCAGUAUUUUCAUACAGUAAUUGAAGAUGAGAUAAAAAUAAAAAGAACCGAAUCUUUUAAUAAUAAAGGAAAUCAUAAUUGUUUACUCAAAAAUGACAAUUUAAGUUCUUCUUAUGAUAGUUAUUCAAAAAAAUAUAACAGUUGUUAA